AUGCCGAGGGGGGAUAUGGCCGGCAUGGAGAACGCUGACGGGGGAGGAAGCACGCGGGGGGGGCUCCUCCCGCUGCUCCUGCUGCUCCUCUCCGCCGCCGCCAUCAUCCCCAGAGGUGAUGGGCAGAAYUUGGUGACGGAGGAUGUGACAGUGGUGGAGGGGGAGGUGGCCACCAUCAGCUGCCGCGUCAAGAACAGCGACGACUCGGUGAUCCAGCUGCUGAACCCCAACAGGCAGACCAUCUACUUCAGAGACUUCAGGCCCCUCAAGGACAGCAGGUUCCAGCUGGUGAACUUCUCCAACAGCGAGCUCCGUGUGUCCCUGACCAACGUCUCCAUCUCUGAUGAAGGGAGGUAUUUCUGCCAGCUCUACACCGACCCUCCCCAGGAGAUCUACACCACCAUCACCGUGCUGGUCCCACCACGCAAUUUGGUGAUUGAUAUCCAGAAAGAAACUGCAGUGGAGGGCGAGGAGAUCGAGCUGAACUGCACUGCCAUGGCCAGCAGACCUGCCACCACCAUCAGAUGGUUCAAAGGCAACAAGGAGCUCACUGCCAGAGGCAAGGUGGAGGUGGAGCAGUGGUCUGACAUGUACACAGUGACCAGCCAGCUGCAGCUGAAGGUGGCCAGGGAGGACGAUGGGGUYCCUGUCAUCUGCCUGGUGGAUCACCCUGCGGUCAAGGACCUGCAGACACAGCGCUACCUGGAAGUCAUGUAUAAGCCUCAAGUGCGAGUUUCUCAGAAUUACCCCUUGCAAGGCCUGACGAGAGAAGGGGAGCCGCUGGAGCUGACCUGCACAGCCUUUGGAAAGCCACAGCCUACGGACAUGAGGUGGUUAAGAGUAGAUGAUGAGAUGCCUCAACACGUUGUAGUGUCUGGUUCAAACCUUCUCAUUAGUAACCUAAACAAAACAGAUAAUGGUACAUACCGCUGUGAGGCUUCCAACGCGGUGGGGAAAUCACAUGCGGAUUACAUGCUGUUUGUAUACGAUCCCCCCACAACUAUCCCUCCUCCCACAACAACCACCACCACUACCACCACCAUCCCUACCACCAUCACAGACACAACGGCGACGACAGAACCGGCAGUUCACGGCUUUACUCAGUUGCCCAAUUCGGCCGAGGAGCUGGACUAUGGGGAUCUCUCAGGUACUCCCAUCCUGCCCACAGCUUCCAGCGAGGCUCUGCCGACCGUGCAAUUAAAUAAUGCAUCCCUUGGCUCCCGCCCAGAUUCCCGCGCAGGUGAGGAAGGCGCCAUCCGCAGCGUGGACCACGCCGUGGUCGGCGGCGUUGUGGCCGUCGUCGUCUUUGCGAUGCUUUGCCUGCUCAUCAUUUUAGGGCGAUAUUUUGCCAGACAUAAAGGUACAUAUUUCACUCACGAAGCCAAAGGAGCAGAUGAUGCGGCCGACGCAGACACAGCCAUCAUCAACGCAGAGGGGGGACAAAACAACUCGGAGGAAAAGAAAGAGUACUUCAUCUAGAGCAGCCUUGGUUCCCAUGAGGUGUCCAACCGUGGACGGUUACUACUGGCCCUAUUUAAACGCUACAGAGACAGUGAUCUUGGAAGUUGCAACCAGCUUGUGUCUUUUUUUUUUAAGGAAAAAAAGCAAAUGGGUGGAGAGCGGUGAGGCCGGGAAGGUCCGGGAUUAGCUGUGUAAAAAUAUUCUUCGUAAAGUACACUCUGCUGUUCGACACCUCAGUUCGUUUGGGUUUUCUUUUUUUGGCCAAGUCCAGCUUGGAUUUAGUUUAGUGAAGUCAUUUGCAGAAGAUUCUGUGCCUUGUUUAAUUUCUGUUCGUUCGGGUCGGGGGGAGGCUGGGAAGAAGAGGGGCUUCUGUGCGUUAGUUCCCUUCGGGUUUCUGUGGCUCUUCGUUUCCCCUUUCCUGUUUCUGGAGUUGCCAGCUGGGACCCUGUGAAGUAGGUGCGUUUCUCUGAAGGUGUUUCCCCUUUUUUCUCUUCACCGGUUUCCGUUCAGAACUCGAGCUCAUCGGAGGAGAACCAGCACAUUUUAGAUGCGUAGUUUGCAGUUCAGUGUGCCCAUGUCCUGUUCCCCCGUUGCCGCAGGGGCUCAGAUGACACCCCUGAGCCCCCUUUUUGGGCUGUUUCAGGUGCUUUCGAUGGUGGCGGUUGGGAAAGGGGCCGGAGCUCGGCAGAGGAGGAGCAGGAGGAGCAGGAGCAGGGUCCGUGCAGAGCCAGAGCCCUCCUGGCGCGGGGGCUCCUCCUCAUCCUCUCUGCUCACAGYAGCCAAAGCCCCUCUGACACCUCAGCCCAGACCUGGAGAGCGGCUGGAUGAACAAAACUGCCUUUUUUUUUCUACCUGCUGAGURAAACAUGGGAAUUGGUGUUGAAACGAGCGUGCUAAUGACCACUAAAGCCAUAGGUGCACCCGAGASUCUGGCUCAAUCGGAAUCGUAAGCGACAGGUAGCAAACCACAGCGGGAAGACGGUAUAAAGUUAUAUAUGCUGACUUUUUUUUGGUGAGUAAUCAUGGAUUUYGAGUGAUAAUUUUUUUAUUGUGUUUACGUGGCAAAUGUAUCUGAUUUAUUUAAGGGAAGCAUUAAUCUUAGUGUCAGGUUUGGGGAUUUUUUAGGGGUUUCGGGGGGGGGGCAUUUUCGUGCGUUUGUUUUUUAAUUGUUUUUGGCAGAACCAUUACAAUGUGGGAUUCCUUUGGGAAUGGGGUGGCCUGGCUCAGCAAGCGAGCCCAUCCCCGGCAGUAAUCCGUCUUUCCCCUCUUGGCGAGCAGAACACCCUUUAUUCCGAGCAGGUUUUGUCGAGCACAGCUCUGUGGUGAGCCCCGAGCACCAUUGCCAAACCCAUCGCRGUGAGAAGCAGCUCCGUGGCACGGGACGGGCAUCCUGGCCCUGGGCAGCCCAUCUUUGUUUGGAAGUGUACCGUAGUGCAGUGUUACCGAUGUAACUUUGACUUACAAUGUUGACAUGUCUCAGGUUCAUGUGUUUGAUUGGUGUUUUCCGUCUCAGGUAGAUUGCAAAAUUUCGGCCCCACGCAUUGGAAAAAUAAAAAAAAAAAAACCCACGUAAAAACAGGAGAAAAAAAAACAACAGGAAAUUAUAAAUUUUAGUUGUAUAUCGGUUUAUGUAUUUUUUCUUCAGUAUACAGUGCACUGUUGAAAUGUAUUGUUGAGUAUUACUUUGUACAGCUUUAGAUCAUUAGGAUUUUGAAGCGUGAAGAAAGAACAACCUUGUUUAAAGGAGGAUCACAAAUGAAGGACGCGGAACUGAUGAUAAACAACCUUGUUCUUUAUUUACCCGGCCUUUUUAUUUUUUCCCCUUAGGCCAGUUCUGUUUUAAGGUGUCCAUGGAAGAUGUUACAGUGUAAGAAAAUACAUAUCCAUCUGUUCCCAUUCACAUUUUGUAUUGGUUCAUGUAUCCCAUUUUUACAAAGGAAAAGAAGUACUAUAAAAUAUCUGUCUUCUUAAUAAAAAAAAAUUAA